UCCGGUAUUUCCACCACCGCCACCGUGUCAGAAUCCCGGGCCGGCCACUCAGCUCUUCUCUGCAGCAGGACCUUACCUGUUCCUCGGUCCAGCGCUGUACACUCUUCCGGUGCCGGCAUCUUUAGUGAGGGCACCCGGCUGUGACAGCCGGGUGCCCACUGUGCAUGCGUGAGAAGCACUGCACUUUGUCCGCAGUCUCUGGUCAUCCCCUGUACUGUCUGCAGUCUGGUCAUUUCCUGUACCAUGUCCGCGGUCUCUGGUCAUUUCCUGUACUGUGUCCGCAGUCUCUGGUCAUUUCCUGUACUGUGUCCGCAGUCUCUGGUCAUUUCCUGUACUGUGUCCGCAGUCUCUGGUCAUUUCCUGUACUGUGUCCGCAGUCUCUGGUCAUUUCUUGUACUGUGUCCGCAGUCUCUGGUCAUCUCCUGUACUAUGUCCGCAGUCUCUGGUCAUUCCCUGUACUAUGUCCGCAGUCUCUGGUCAUCUCCUGUACCAUGUCCAUGGUCUGUGGUCAUCUCCUGUACUGUGUCCGCAGUCUCUGGUCAUCUCCUGUACCAUGUCCAUAGUCUCUGGUCAUUUCCUGUACUAUGGCCGCAGUCUCUGGUCAUCUCCUGUACCGUGUCCGCAGUC